AUGCAGAAGAGCAUGGCAGGAGACAAAAAGCUGGAAAGCCGGGAGAGGGACUUUGAAUCUACUCGGAUAUCGACAGAGACCAACCUCGCGGAACAGAGGGAAGAUUUGGACACUCGCUUUGGUGAGUUCUAUGGUAGAGAGAACGCUGUUGCGAAUGCAGAAGCGAAGCUGCAACAGGCGAAGAGCAGGAAUGACAUAGAAAGCCAAAGUUUUCGAGGUGCGCUUUCAAGUGCGCUUUCCUUUCUACAGAGCCUUGCUAACGCAACGGGUAGUGGAUACGAUGCCGACCACAGACUCGAUAACGUCCAAAAUCUAGUAACGUCUAUCAAGACGCGAUGUGAGACACUGCGGGAGACCUGUUCCGAGAAAGACCAGAGUCUCACUGACCAGCAAGAGCACCUUCGGAAGGUCGAAGCCAAAUUGGAAUCGACGAGUCUGGAAUUAGGAGACCUGAGGACGAGACACGGAAGAGAGAUGGAGAAAUUCAACUCCCUAAAGCAGACAAAGUUCAGAAAAGGGGCAGCGGUGGAAGCACUUGCGGAGAUGCGAAGAAAGUUCGCUGACAAGACCGCAAGGCACGAUGGACUUCUAGCCAGAUAUGCAACCCUAGAGGCGUAUCACCAAAGCUAUUCCGGGCAACUCGAGACAGCUAAAGAAGAGCAUCUGGCGGACCAAGCGCAGAUAUCUGGACUGCGAUCCCACCGCAUACCGCAGCUAGAGGCCACCGAAAGGGACCUCCGAUCUCAAGUAAGGGAACUCACAGAAGAAAAGAAGGAACUUACAGCUGGCCGUUUUGCCAGCGACGUGGAGGUCGGAGCAGUCAAAGUCGAAAACCAGCAACUGGAGGCCACGAUACAAGACCUCCGAACUCAAUUGUCUACAGCGGAUGACCACGACAACGUUAUGAGGAAGUCGUUCGACAUUAUACUGAACACAAAGGCUACCGAGGCUAAUGUCUCUAGCGAAGCACAUCAACGCUCGUUGCAGGCAUUGGAAAAGGUCCAGGCCGUCAAACAUUCACUCAACAUAAGCCUCAGUGACAGUAACGAAGAGUGGCAGGCCGCGGCAAAUGACAACAGCGCCCUGAAGGGGGAGAAGACCGAGCUGAGAUUACAAAUCUCUAACACCCAACGUCUUCUCACUGAGCGCAAUACGAGGAUCCAAGACCUCGUGUUGGUCGCCGAGGAGACCGAGACCAAGAUCAAUACUUUGGAAUCUUAA